AUGACGAACAAAAAACAGAACAAAAGAGGGAAAGCCGCGUCAGGCUCACGCCCGCCGCCGUCGCCAGAGUCCCUCGUCCGCACCGGCGCCCUUAAGCUGGACGGCUCGGAUUGUCUGCGGCGCCACAUCUCGAUUUCUGAGAACUGGGGCACGACCGGCGACAAAAUCGACCAGGGCUUCACCCCCUUCAACGGCGGCGACAGGUCCACCAUCAAGACCAAGAACACGGCCAAGAGCUUUCACUUGAGGAUGCCUAUGCCUGGAGCGGUGAAGGAGGACGUGGAAGUGAGGAUGGAUGGCUCGGUGCUGCUGGUGGACGUCAAGGAGGCGGGAUUCGAGCACCCUGUGGGGAGGUACUUCAUUCAGCUGCCUAUGCACCUGUGCAAGCGCGAGGAGAUUAGGGCUAUCAUGGUGGAAGAUGGUGUUCUCGAGCUGGUGUUUCCCAAGAAGAAGAAGAAAAGCAAGGCAGCCGGGGCAGUGAUCGAGGUGCCUAUUAAGUAG